UAAAAUGGGCCGUGGCGAAUUCAUCGCCGUCACACCAGGCCCUUGGGUCGGCGUGCCCCGCGCUACCUUAUUCCUUCCUUAUUACCUUAGGGGAAAUCAGGACUAAUCAUCCAUAUCGACCUCUUUUUAUCCUUUUUCUACCUGCGUCUUCUAGACCAACACUAGAAGCAAUGGCAGGAUUCGACAAUAUCUUAUUUCAACUCAAGUUGAUAAAAGAAAGGGACUCCACUUCACAGGACUCCGACAUCUUGAAUGUAUUUGCCUACGCAAAUCCGGACGAGGCUGCCUGGCAGUUGGAUUGGUGGUGUCCAACUCUUACGGAAGCGAAAAAAGCGCAAGAUUACUUAUGGAAUGUAUGGGAACUUCUGACCGAUGCUGCUAGAAGUCCCGACGCGACAAGUGAGAUACAAGAACAACUUGUUAAAAUUCUCCAGAGUUUGGUGCAAAUUGGGAAGGGAUACGUUCCCAUAUCGAACGGGACGCAACGUGUAUGGAGGGACUUGCCUCUGCUUCCCCAAUGUAUAGAAUCGUGUUUCCAAGAUCCCAUGAGUGAAGCCGCUGAAUUUACUCCGGAAUCCGCAAAGAUAUGGCGUAACAUAAACUCCUUCACGGCUCGGUGUACAGGCGCCGGUGUCCUAAAUCCUUCUCUUCAAGUAACCUAUGCGCUGCGAAGCGCACUCGAGGAAGGGUUAAACACCGACCCACAGAAUCUUGAGCGAGCUGAGUGUAGGAUGCAGGUGGCAUGCGAAUGGAUUGCCCACAGUGCCAAACCGCUCCUAUGGUGGGCCCGUGAGAAUAUCGAUUUGUCGCCCGAAGCGGCAUACGAGGAUAGAUCCCAACACGUCCGAAGAGGUGAACUGUACGAGGGGACCCCCGCUGUGUGCCCGGAGCGCUGGGGUUUCUGGAAAAUCCGGUUCGGGGAGUUGGGGAAGCACCCUGGGUUUAGUGAAGAGAUUCGGAAACAGGCGAGCGAGGCCGCCGAGAAUAUGGCCGCGGCUGAAAGAUAGGCGGCUAUUAUGCCGUGGUCGCCAGCUUUCGACUCUUUAGUUUGAUACCACUUGAAUAUAUCAAACCAAUUAUCUACUCGACUA